GCUGCGAAUGCGGCGUUGAUACCCAAGGUUACGGCGUUCGUGGAGAAGUACAUGAGCAAGUAUGAUGGGUCUCAUGAUUUCAAUCACAUCAAGAGAGUGGUAGGGCUCGCACACCUCAUCUACAAGGAAAUCAACUCGCAGAGGGAAGCAGACCCGACGCAUGGAGGAGGAGAGGAGUUAGACCUACACGUAAUUACGCUCGCAGCCCUUCUGCACGACGUCGGGGACAAGAAAUAUCUCGAGCCGGGCCAGGACGGCAACACGCUCGUCCUCGCGACGCUGCUGGGGUUCGGCGCCCCGGAAGACCUGGCUGUGAAGGUGCAGCGGAUUGUGCUGGGCGUCUCGUACUCCUCGGAGGUCAAGGACCCAGCGCAGGUGACGGCCAUGAUCCUCAAAUACCCGGAGCUGGCGGUCGUGCAAGAUGCGGAUCGGCUGGAUGCCAUCGGGGCCGUUGGGAUCGGCCGGACGUUCACGUUUGGCGGGGCCAAGGGCGCGAGGAACAUGGGCGAGACGAUCGAGCAUUUCGAGGAGAAGCUGGAGAAGCUCGAGGCGAUGAUGAAGACGGCGCCGGGAAGGAGGUUGGCGCGGGAGCGGACCGAGAGGCUGAAGACGUUCAAGGGCUGGUGGGAGGAGGAGCAGAGAGAG